AUGUCCGCGUCCUGGCUCGCCUCCGACGCGUCGAUGCUGCGGGGCGCCUGCCUGGCCAGCACGCUCUGCCCGCAGCUGGUGGUCCCCGAGGACUGCACGCUCCAGUGCGCGCUUCCGAGGAUCGUGUGCCACAGGCGGCAGAGCCUGAUCGUGAGUAUCAACAGCCUCGCGUCGCCCAGCGAGACGGUGCUCCUGCAGGCCCGCGUGGCGGAGGGCGACUCGGCGGGCCCCUCGGGGCCGGGCAUCCACCUCGAGCUGCUGGGCGGCGAGGAGCUGGCCUUCCUGUCCACGGAGGACGUCUGGGCCAGCAGGGGCGCGCGCCAGCCCGAGCUGGGGGUCGCGAGGGCCUCUGGCGCGGCGUACGCGACCAUCCGGAGGACGGACCCCUCGACGUACGUCAUGGCGCGCGGGGCGGCCGCGCUGAUGGUCUUCAGCGGCCGCUUCUCCAGGCACGAGCUGCAGGUGUCGUGCGCCUCGGGCCAGACAGUCGCCAGGGUGAGCCCGGGCGGCACCGAGGGCAUGUACGAGGUGACGGUCUACACGAACACGGACGCGGGGCUAAUCAUUCUCGGCCUGCUCGGGAUCGACAAGCUUGAGGUCGAGCCUACCCUGGGCAGCAUCGGCAAAUGA